CAGCCAGCCUGCUCAGACAAAGAGUGUCGCUGACGUUGUGAGGUUGUGCUUCUUGCUAAAAGAUCGCACAACCAUUCACAUUUUUUGUGCAUAAAAAAAAUUACAAAAAUCCACAAAAAAAUCAUAAAAAUAGUUAAAAAAUUUCCAAAAAAAUCGAAAAAAGUGAAAAAGUAGAGCAGGUUGCAAGAAAAAGUAGCUGAGGACGUGGACGUUAUUUUUUCGGCUGGCGAGAUACGACGAGCGACGAGAGCAGCAAGGUGAAAUUCACUGCUGCGAAGUGAAAGUUCUUUCUGGCUAGGGUUACCAUCAAACCCGAUUUAAAAAAAAUCCGUUCAAAUGGCGUCUCUUUACGUCGGCGAUUUACACGCCGACAUCACCGAGGCUAUGCUGUUCGAAAAAUUCUCGUCCGCUGGCCCGGUUCUGUCGAUCCGAGUGUGCCGCGACGUGGUCACCCGUCGUUCCCUUGGUUAUGCCUACGUCAACUUCCAGCAGCCAGCAGACGCUGAGCGUGCCCUGGACACGAUGAACUUUGAUCUGAUCAAGGGGCGCCCGAUCCGCAUCAUGUGGUCCCAGCGCGACCCGUCGCUGCGCAAGUCCGGCGUCGGCAACGUUUUCAUCAAGAACCUGGACAAGAACAUUGACAACAAGGCCAUGUACGAUACGUUCUCCGCGUUCGGCAACAUUCUCAGCUGCAAGGUGGCCCAGGACGAAAAGGGCAACUCGAAGGGGUACGGAUUCGUGCACUUUGAAACGGAGGAAUCGGCCAACACGUCGAUCGAGAAGGUCAACGGUAUGUUGCUCAACGCCAAGAAGGUCUUCGUGGGCCGCUUCAUCCCGCGCAAGGAGCGCGAGAAGGAGCUCGGCGAGAAGGCUAAGCUGUUCACGAAUGUGUACGUGAAGAACUUUGGUGACGAGUUGACCGAUGAGUCGCUCAAGGAGAUGUUCGAGAAGUACGGCACCAUCACCAGCCACCGUGUGAUGAUCAAGGAAAACAAGAGCCGUGGAUUCGGAUUCGUCGCGUUCGAAAACCCAGAAUCGGCCGAAGUGGCCGUCCAGGAAUUGAACGGCAAGGAGCUUGGCGAUGGCAAAGUCCUGUACGUGGGCCGUGCUCAGAAGAAGAACGAACGCCAAAUGGAACUCAAGCGCCGCUUCGAACAGCUCAAGAUGGAGCGUUUGACCCGGUACCAGGGAGUCAACCUGUACGUCAAGAUUGACGAUUCCAUCGACGAUGAACGUCUGCGCAAGGAGUUCUCUCCGUUCGGAACCAUCACAUCGGCCAAGGUCAUGCUGGAGGAAGGUCGUUCCAAGGGAUUCGGCUUCGUUUGCUUCUCGGCUGCCGAAGAGGCCACCAAGGCCGUCACCGAGAUGAACGGUCGCAUCGUUGGCAGCAAGCCGCUGUACGUGGCCCUGGCCCAGCGCAAGGAAGACCGCAAGGCUCAUCUGGCCUCGCAGUACAUGCAGCGUAUGGCCAACAUGCGCAUGCAGCACAUGGGACAAAUCUUCCAGCCCGGUGGCAACGGAGGCUACUACGUUCCGACCAUCCCCCAGCCGCAGCGCUUCUUCGGCAAGCAGGUCAGCCAGAUUCGUACCACUCCUGGCUGGUUCCGUGCCAACGCUGCCAACCAGAAUGCCGUUGCUGCAAACGCUGCCGGUGGUGCUUACCCGGCCAUGGCCGCUGCCACCGCCGGCAACCAGUAUCGCCAAGCCGGAAACGUCCGCGGCCAACAACAACAGGCCCCCAACGCUCAAGCCCAGGCCGCUUCCGCUGCCAUGCGUAACUCGGCCCGUCCCAUCACCGGCCAACAGGCAGGUGGCAACAUGCAGACCCGCCCAGUCGCUCCGCAAAUGGCCGCUAACCAGGCCCGUGCUGCUAACUACAAGUACACGCAGAACAUGCGCAACCCGCCGGCUCAGCCCGUUGCCAUCCCGACUCAGCCCGUUGCUCAACAGGCUGUCCACGUUAAAGGACAAGAACCGCUCACGGCCACCAUGUUGGCCGCCGCACAGCCGGCCGAGCAGAAGCAGAUGCUGGGCGAGCGUUUGUUCCCGCUGAUUGAGCCGAUGUACCCGUCGAUCGCAGGUAAAAUCACCGGAAUGUUGCUCGAGAUUGACACCGAGCUCGUGCACAUGUUGGAGCACAGCGAGUCGCUCAAGGCCAAGGUCGAUGAGGCCGUUGCCGUGCUGCACGCUCACCAGCAAAAGACUCAGCCCCAGUAAAGAAACAACACAACACAAGCAGCAACAUAAAACAAGAACGUCAACCGCAACCCGCGAAUCAAUGAUAAGCGCUCGGAUGAAAUUGUUUAUGCGACUAGUUUGAAUUAACCACGGGCGGGAACGGCCAGGCCCGGCGUACAAGGUUCGUAUCUCUUUGUCAUACACAUAAGAUUGCUUCCUCAACGUCAGCUCAAGCUAAAGACCGUGUCGCAGGUGCUUGCAGUUCCCGCUGAUGAUGCAACAUUCAAUUAUUCACACUCUUUUUAAGCUUCAGACUAAAAUUUGCUUCUAAAAACGUCGUCCCUCUUGAUUAAUGAAUUCAACAAACCAACAAUAAGUUAAAUUUCCCUCACUCUUUCCCCGUUUUGAAAAACUAUGUUGCAGGAUAACAAAAAAAAACUGUUCUUUAAAAUUUGUAGUCGCAUCAAAACUGCAGAAGAGAAAUAAAUUGAUUUCAUGCCGUCGGCUUAAUUUACUGGAGUCUUUUGCAGGAGUUUGAGCUAGUUAUCUUUUUGCUUUUGAAAUAACAUUUUUGAUUUUUUUGGUUCAUGGUUUAUCUAAGAAAAAUAAGUUUAUUCAAGUAAGAAGAGUGCGUAGGCAGAAAGCUAUUUUCAAAUCUUUACUGCAACUUUGUUGCAGACAAAAAUAAGAGAAAGCAUGCUGCUUCCACACCUUCUGUUAUUAAUGUUGAUUUGAUACACAAUUUCAACGAGAAAACAAAUCAAGCAAGAAAAAAAAAUAUAUAAAAAAUCACAAAAAAAUAGUAAAUCUAUAUAAAAUGGUAAAAAAGCAACUUACGUAUAUGAUGAACACAUAUAUACACAUAAAAUAAAUUAAAAAAAAAAGCCAAAAAAAUGGAAAAAAGUGUUGAUUGCUCUCAGUGGUGCCAUGGCGGCGUUGGAGCUUUUGUAAGAAAACUCUUGCUGGAGCCUUUUGCGCGAAUCCAUUGCUGAAGCGAUCCCCUCUGAAAAUGAAUAUAAAACAUAUUAUCUUCUUUGAAAAUAAAAAUUGAAACAAAAGAAAAAAAACUUGAAAAAUAAAAGAGGGUAGCAAAAAAGUUAAAGAAAACAACAUUGAAGAAAAAAUCCCCACAUUCAAAUGAUCACAACAGAUGCGACAGUCUCAAAAAGGAAAAAAUAACAAAAAAAAAGUGAUGGAAAGAAAAGAUAUAAAAAACCACUGAAAAUCACAAAAAAACUGCAAAACAAAUCUAAAAAUUAAGAUAAAAAAUCGAUCUACACUUGGCAAAUUGAGGAAGGCCUUGGAAAAGCCACAAUCAAUCUAAAGGUGAAGAUGAAAACACAAACACGAUAGUUUCGGGAGCAAACCAGAAUCAAGUAUAAUCCCCGUUGCUCCAUUGCUGCUAGAAAGAGAGUUCAGUUUGUAGUUGAGUUUUGUGGUUCUAAAAUGAACAAGAAAUUUGCGCUGCGGUGUUAUCCGGAACCCGCCAACAGCUACUUGCAUGGCCCAUUUCUAUCUUUUAUUUUUUUUUUCAACUGACGAUGAACCAGAAAUCACCAGCUAUUCGUUAUCAACUGCCCUUGGAGUCUUGUUUGGAAGAUUCUCCUGGACCCAAUCCAAUGCCGGUAGCCUCCUGGACAGUCUACCACGGGGUGCUCGGACGUGACCGUAUCGGCCUCCUUCGACCUGGCGUUAUUCGGCGAUUUUCGUUUGCAAAAAAAAACUUUCAAACAGUAUAUAGCACGUAACAGAAUUAAGAAAGUGACCUUUCCAUCCGGUCCGGAAGUUGCCGUUUAAUCGAUACCGAGCGUUCCGAGCACCGUGUUUGGGUGGAUUGUCCAUCUGGCCAACUGGUGGUGGGUUGGGAUCGUCGUCGUAAACAGAGCAUGCAAGUAGCUUUAAAAAAAAACAUUACAUACUGUAUCACGCGCUAACACACACAUAAAAUAGCAGAAACCCUCUCGGAAAGGAAGUCUUGUGAAGAAACAAGUUCACUGUAGAAUAACACGACUCCUACCACUUCCUUCUCCCCCUCCCCAAGUUUCAAGCGCCAGGGACCGGAAAAGUGGUCCCUUUUAUUUCUUGAUCAUUUUUAAAAGCGCGUUCAUUCGGUUGAGUAACAUCUCAAAAUUGAAGAAAUAUUUAUAUUUAAACUAUUCACAGAGUAAUUUUUAUAUCACCUUUAUUCGCUCUGUGAAAAUAUUAUUAUCCCUGACAUAACACACGUACAGUUUUAAUAAAUUAUUACAAAUACUUUGAGCAAACUUAUAUAAAUAUCGAUAACAAAAAAAAAUAUUGGAAAUUAACCCCAUAUUUCGAGGCAUAUUAUUUACCCACACAAUUUGAACCUAUUCUAAACUACAAUCAUUCAGUGGAUGAGUUUGAGAUAUCGAUGAUUACGGAAAAAUAACAGGGUUUCAGUUUCAAUAUAAACCAAAUAACAACAUGAUUUUGCAAAAUGAUAUCUUUUCUGGAACACAAGUUUGAUGAUGAAAAAGAAGAAGAAAAAACAUUAUAAAAAUAACACACCGCCUUGAGGCAAAAUAGGGUAAUUAUUGUAUUGGACUGUUUGAGUUUCUAACAAGUUUUGCUAAAUUUCAAUAAAUUUUCCACUUUCCGUAAAA